AAAUGUACGGCUUCAACACCUGCAUCUCACCCCCCCAAACCCUAAGAUGCCACCACCACAACUAAGGUCACUCCUUCUCUCUCACCCCACCUCAACCCCAAACCCUAGACGACGGAAAUGGCCAAGCACGCCGUUGGUUGGCCACACCCGAAGCGUUCGUUGCUGCUACUUCUUCUUCUGACGCUCUCCGCUUCCACCCUCAUUCUCUUCUUUAUCCGAACAGUGUUCGAUCCCUGUGAUCGACACGCCGCCCAUAUUAGCCCCGUUCGUAAUGGGAUUGAAGUUGCUGAGAAGCGAAACCUUUUGCCUCCCAACGUCAAACCGCCGCCGAGUCCGCUCAGCUUCAUGAAGUCAAAGAUUGUGCUUUUAGUUUCUCACGAGCUCUCCCUUUCUGGUGGACCAUUAUUGUUGAUGGAGCUGGCGUUUCUGCUAAGAAGUGUUGGUGCUGAAGUCUAUUGGACUACCAUGAGGAAGCCAUCUGAAACAAAUGAAGUGAUAUACAGUUUGGAGCAUAAGAUGUUGGACUGUGGAGUACAGGUCUUGUCUGCAUUUGGCCAAGAUGCUAUAGGUACAGCUCUCAAAGCUGAUUUGGUUGUUUUGAACACUGCAUUUGCUGGGAAAUGGCUGGAUGCUGUUCUCAAGCAAGAUGUUUCUCACGUUCUCCCAAAGGUUUUAUGGUGGAUCCAUGAAAUGCGGGGGCACUAUUUCAAGUUAGACUAUGUCAAGCACCUUCCUUUAGUUGCUGGUGCCAUGAUUGAUUCACACAUUACAGCUGAAUAUUGGAAAAAUAGGACUCAAGAACAUUUGAGGAUCAAUAUGCCUGAGACCCACAUUGUUCACCUUGGAAAUAGCAAGGAGCUUAUGGAAGUUGCUGAAGAUAGUGUGGCAAAAAGGGUUUUGCGUGAGCAUGCUCGUGAGUCCCUUGGAGUGCGCAGUGAAGAUCUACUCUUUGCCUUGAUAAAUACAGGUGUUUCACGUGGAAAAGGACAAGAUCUGUUUCUACGUUCAUUUUAUGAAAGCUUACAAAUCAUCAAGGAAAAGAAGCUGCAGGUGCCACCAUUACAUGCAGUAAUUGUAGGAAGUGGCAUAAAUGCUCAUACCAAGCUUGAAACAGAACUACGUGAUUAUGUAAUUCAGAAGAAAAUUCAAGACCGUGUUCAUUUUGUAAAUAAAACCUUGAAUGUAGCCCCUUACUUGGCUGCAAUCGAUGUUCUUGUUCAGAAUUCCCAGGCACGAGGAGAAUGCUUUGGGAGGAUAACCAUUGAAGCCAUGGCAUUUCAGCUGCCUGUACUGGGAACAGCAGCGGGCGGCACUACAGAGAUCGUAGUGAACGGAACAACUGGUUUCUUGCAUCCUGUUGGGAAAGAAGGGGUUAGUCCUCUUGCGAAAAACAUUGUCAAACUUGCUACUCAUGUGGAGAGGAGACUUACAAUGGGGAAGAGAGGUUAUGAGAGGGUCAAAGAAAGAUUUCUAGAACACCACAUGGCACAAAGAAUUGCUGCAGUGCUUAAAGAAGUUUUGAAGAAAUCUAGAAGAGGCUUAUAUUGACACUCUCCGUUCAGCUAUGAAAUCAAAGGCUGUUUCCUGUUAAAAAAAAAAAAAAAAGGGAAAAGAAAAGAGAGAGAGAGAUGGAAAACAUAUAGGCUAGAAUGGAAUGUCUGCUUUGGCAUCUCCUUUGCAUAUUUCCGUCCUUUUUUAGACUAGGGAUGUAAAUCAUGUAUAUGUUAUAACUAGCCGUUUAUAUAGUGGAAAAUGUCUCUAAAGUUUGAGG